AUGAGCUCCAACCCCGCCCCCCUUCUGGCAGGCCACCCCCUUCCAGAAUACCUUCAGGCAAAAGCAGCCUUUGCCGGCCCCCUGCUCCACCAAGCGGACAGGCUCAAACUCUUCAACAAAAUGGGCCUAGAGGAGAAAUCCCCGGCUACGGACGACCUCCUGCAGCUCAUCACCUCCACCUUCAGCGCCCAAGAUCCCUCCAUGGACCCGGCCAAGGCCAUCGUUAGCCUCCUCCUCGGCCUCUCAACCCAAGUCGAGAAACUCACUACGGAAGCAACCCGCUCACCAACCCCGCCAACCCCCCGCCCCGCCAUGCCUAUCCCCCCCCCUCAAGCCACCCCGAUCGAAGGAACAGAGCUCCACCUAAACGACCCCAUCGAAACCAUCGACCAAAACGGCAAUAGACGCCUCCUCACCUAUGCCGAGAAACUCAAACAACACCACGACAAUUCCCACCCCACUGUCCCCCCCCCCUCCACCCGGAAUGCAGGCCCCCGCAGGCCCACAACACCCCAAACAGCAACAAACCUCCCCACCGCACAACGCCGGUUCUUCGCAACCAGGUCUAACCCCGCCCCCUUCCCGAACCACCAACAACUUGAGGCAAGACUCCCAUCCGACCUCGGAAGAGUCCUGGCCAAUGCAGGCCUCACCCACCCUCAUACCGCCCUCCAAGUCCAGGUCAACCGCAAUGGCACCGUUACCUGCACCGCCUCCCCCUCCACCCCUGCCAAAGACAUCGCCCCCUACUUCCCCGGCCUCUUCGCAGUCCUGAACCUCGCCUGCAACGCAUCUGAGAACCCACUCAACGAAUUCCAGCUCGCACCGACUAACGUCGACUACGCUAUCCAUAACGUCCCCAUCUUCGCUCUCGACGUCCCAGAGACGCUCUUCACUCCUCACCUCGCUGAAGCUAUCGCCCUCACCACCGGAGCCUCAAUCGCCAAAGCCAGAUACCUCACCAAACCCGAGAACAGAAUCGGGAAAACUACCACCACAAUUGUCGUCUCCAUCCCUGCCGAGGAUACGGACAAGAUCGGAGACCAAAUUCGCCUAUUCGGACGCUCCCGCCGGUGCAAUAAACUUUGGCCAGCGUCCCCUAAUACCCUCUGCCGCAAGUGCGCCCGCCUAGGACACGCUACAGAAGGAUGUCAAUCGUCCUCACCCACAUGCCCGCUCUGCGCAGGCAACCACCUCCGCAAAGACCAUCGCUGCCCCAACCAAGCCUGCCCCAAUGAAGGCCACCUCAAACCCGUCAUCGAGUGCUGCGCCACUUGGAAAGCCAAGUGCAUCAACUGCGCCGGCAACCACAUCGCCUCCCUUAGAGAAUGCCCUGCAAGGCGCUCCCGUACCCAGCCCGCUGCCACAGCGCCGGCCCCCCAGGGCGCCACACCCGCCCCCCAGAACACUACAGGCAACCCCCCACCGGUCACCCUGCCACAACCCACCACCCCCCAGUCCACAUCAGUACCCGCACCCCAACAAGAAGGAUCUGCGGAAGAGGACUUAACCAUGACGCAGUAA